UUAUGGAAUGUUGUGCUAACAGCUCAUUUUCAGUUUUUUUUACUGGAACUGACUUUACUGAGAUAUCAGAUAUUAACGACCAAGAACUUAAAACAUGGGCUCAAUCAUAUGGUAAAAACGUAGGGGAUGAUGACAAACGCAUUUUCAUUCUUGGACAAUUCAAUCAAUUUAAUCAAGUUAACGAGGAAAUGGUUAUAAAAGAAAAUAUAAAAGGAAGAUUCUGUUACUAUGUCGACCUUCCGGACCUUAUUGAUGUGACUGCACGUAUUAAUAAGAAGUUCAUGAUAAUGGUGAGAUGA